UUGCUAGUCGACUGCGGCUUCCUGGGUCUCACCAAGCAAGGAUUCGGACACAUGGCUACUGGCUACGGCGUCAUCCGGGACCAUCCGAACUUGAGGUUCAUUAACAUGACGCAAGAAAUAGGUUACGUGGACACCAUCGAAGGGAAAUUGGACUACGAGAAGCACCCCAUUGGCUCGCUUCUCUACGUCAUACCGUGGCAUUCGUGCGCAACGGCGGCCAUGUACCCCUUUUAUCACGUGAUCCAAGAUGGCGUCGUGGUCGAGGAAUGGAAACCGACUCGAGGAUGGUAAACAUUGACAAUUUAGGCCCAUUUCUUGUUGUUUUUUUAUCAUAUUAAUUUUAUUUGAGGUAAUUCUGAUGGUCGUUAUAUGCAAUGAAGAAUAUUUUGAUUCGUAUAUGUGUAUAUAUAUGGUAUAUUAUAACGGGUAUGUUCGCAAAUAUAUUUUGUAUGACAUUCAUUAAUCCUGUUAUUUGUUGAUAUACAUAUGUGAACGAAAAUGGAUAUACUUAUAAAUAUUGUCUGAAUACUGAUUUCCCUAUUUUGAUUUUUACUAAUAUUUUUGUGUUCUAGGGUAACACUUCAAAUUUAUUGAAGAAAAUGGGUUUUGAUUAUAUUUUUUUCCUUUUAA